AUGCCGCCUCUCCCUCGUCCGAACGAUGCGCUCGUCGAGAACCUCGGUGAAAACGCGAAACGCGCCUACGUUGUCCACAUUCUGCCCUCUGAAGACACCGCGGUCAACGCCAACCGCGACUCCCUGCACAUCCGCGUCCUCGGCGCUCUUCCCAUCCACGCCCCCACUCGACAAGCGUCUGAGGCGGUAGCCGAGGAAAUCAUAUCCGCCAACGGCAGCUACGAGAGACUCGACGACCUCGGGAAGCUGUAUCUUGAGAACUUCGUUUAUUUUUUUGGAAGCGCUAGGAGUCGCACCCCUCUCCCGACCGAACACCCGUCCAGGCUGUCGCUCUCGGCGCAGCGAGCUGGUAUCCAGCACGAGCUCGUUCAGACCCCGCAAGACCACUCCGGCGCGAAGCAGAAUGCCCUCAUUCGGGACGGUUUCCGAUGCAUGCUGAGCGGAGAAAUCGAAGUAAUCGUCUGGAAGGCCAGCCCGAGUGCUUUCCCGGACCCUGCCGACACCGUCAGUGUCGGACCGACGAGCUGUUGCCACAUCUUACCUGAAAGGACAAACGACGCCGUCUCGUCUUUCGAUAAUCCCGGGUCGGAGAACAAGCCUGACAGGGGAAGUGCACUACGGGCGGUUCUAGCCCGCUUCUCCGGAUACGAAGAUGUGAGAAAGGAGCUGGAAGGACCUGCAGCAGCCCAUCAGUUGUCCAACAUCUUGACGCUCUCCGCAAAAUUGCGCACCCAGUUCGAGGGCCUUGAGCUCUGGCUUGAGGCCCUUCCAGGCCAGGCACUCCGGUGUAAGGAACAGGUGCACUUUAGGGUCUGCGACGUCGACAUCCCCGGCUUCCCGCGCCCCUCGCCAGAGUACCUGCCCCUGCCGGACCCCCGGUUCCUCGCGCUGCACGCUGCAUGCUGCAAGGUCGCGCAGAUGUCGGGCGCUGCGGAGUACGUGGACAAGAUGGACCGCGACUUGGAGGAGAUGCAGGUACUGGGGGAGGACGGCGGGUCGGCGGACGUUCUCGUCUACGCUAUGUCUAGGCUUCUACCUAGGGGAUAG